CCCCUCCCCUCUCCCCCUCCUCUUCCAGCCCACACCCCACGUCCGGCAGCAUGAAGCUCAAGGACAUCUCGCGCACGGCGACGUUCGCGUGGGACCCCUCCUCUGCUUCCGAGCCCCUCAUCGUCACUGGUGCCGUCGCGGGCGCUCUCGACGAGUCAUUCUCCAACGACUCGCAGCUCGAAAUCUGGGCGCCCAAGCUCUAUGAGCGUGACGGCGCCGAGUCCCAGGGCUACAGCCUCGGCGGACAAGGCGCGGGCCCAAAGGGCAGCGUCACCGUCUCGAGCCGCUUCAACAGACUUGCGUGGUCGCAGCCGGAGGCGGGCGCUAGCGGGCGCGGCAUUAUUGCCGCCGGUCUCGAGACGGGCGAGGUCAACCUCUACGACCCCGUCAAGAUCUUCGAGGGCGGCGAUGCGCUCAUCUACAAGAACGACAAGCACACCGGCCCCGUUCGCGGCUUGCACUGGAACCCGCUCAAGAAGAACCUCCUCCUCUCGGGUGGCGUCAAUGCUGAGCUCUACAUCCACAACCUGGAGAGCCUGGGUGACCCGAUCCCUCCUGGCCCAGUGUCGACCAAGCUCGGCGAGAUCACGUCGCUGGCUUGGAACCCCAGCGUCGCGAGCGUCUUUGCCGCUUCGUCGUCGUCCGGUUUCACUUCGAUCUGGGAUCUGCGUCACAGCAAGGAGAUCGCUGCCCUCCAGUACGGCGGAGGGGCCGCUAAGGGCGACCACACUUCUGGCCGUGCCGGCACGCAGAUCGGCAAGCGCCGUGGCAUGAGCGACCUCUGCUGGCACCCCGAGCAGGCGACGCGCCUCGUUACUGCGUCGGAGGACGACGAGUCGCCAAUCGUCAUGAUGUGGGACCUCCGCAACACGCGUGCCCCCGAGCGCAUCCUCUCGGGCCACACCAAGGGUGUUCUUUCCGUCGCUUGGUGCAAGCAGGACGCCGACCUGCUCGCCUCGUGUGGCAAGGAUAACCGCACCAUCCUGUGGAACCCGCAGUCCGGCGAGAUCGUCGGAGAACUCGCUCCCACCACCGACUGGUCGUUUGAAACCGCCUGGUGCCCCAGCAACCCGAACCUGCUUGCGGUCGCAUCGUUUGACGGCCACAUUGGUAUCAACUCGCUCCAGUCGACUGGCCCCAAGGAUCCCGAGGAGAACAAGCUCGCCGCCGAUGCCUCGGCUGAUGACAUCUUCGCCAACCUUGGCACAACGAGCACCUCGGACGAUAAGACCAACGCUCAGUCGCUCACCAAGGCGCCUAAGUGGAUGUACCGCCCGUGCUCUGCCUCUUGGGGGUACGGCGGCGUUCUUGCUUCCGUCUCUAACCUCCCCUCCGCUGCUGGCAAGCACCAGAGCAGCGUUGUUCACCUGCGCCAUGUCGUGACCGAGGAGAGCAUUAUCGACCGCGCCAAGAGCCUUGACGAGAUCGCUGGCAACAAGGAGAAGCUUUCAGAGUUUUCCUCCUCCAAGGCUGAGAACCCGUCGUGGAAGGCGCUCCAGUCGCUAUUCCAGGCCAACUCGCGUGACGAGUUGGUCAGCCUCCUCGGCUUCUCGAAGGAGAACGUCGCUCGCCAGGUCGACGAACUCGUCAAGAAGCUUGUCCCGACCAUAGUCGAGGAGCCGCCUGAGCCGAGCAAGGACGACACAACCCCAAAGUCAGAAAGCAAGGACCCGCUCGAGUCUGGUGACCACACGCCCGAGGCCAAGUCUUCCAGGGCUCUCUUUGCUGGCGAUGACCGCCCCAUGACCCCAGCCGAUGUUGGCGGCGACACCGACUUCUUCUCGUCAAUGGCGACCAGCUCCCUGCGCAACCCCCAGCUUGACUCGAUCAUCCCACACCUCAACCAGCCCACUGAUUCCUCGGUGGCUGCCACCGUUGGGUCUGGCCCCUCGUCGGUGCGCUCAGAGUCGAUCAAGGAGAACGUCUUCCGCAUCUACCCCGCAGGCGAGUCGGACACUGACCGCCUGAUCACGCAGGCCCUUGUCCUCGGAGACUUCUCCUCGGCUGUCAACCUCUGCCUUGCCUCGGAGCGGUUCGCGGAUGCCCUCCUCCUUGCCGUGCGCGGUGGCCCCGAGCUCCUCCAGUCGACUCAGAAGGCGUACUUCACCCGUCGCACGCUGGCUCACCCCUUCCUCCGUGUGUACCAGUCGAUUGUCACCGAGGACCUCGCGGACAUCGUCCAGAACGCCGACCUCGCCGAGUGGAAGGUCGCCUUCGUUGUCCUCUGCACAUACGCCAAGGAGGCUGACUUUGCCAACCUUGCCGACCAGCUCGGCCGCCGUCUCCAGUUCAAGUGGCAGCUGCUCACCGGCUCGGACAGCCCCGAGGCUAAGGCUGAGGCCAAGGCCGCGCGCCUGGACGCCACGCUCUGCUACCUCGCAGCGCGCAACCUCGAGCACGUGGUUAGCAUCUGGAUAAACGAGAUGCAGGAGGAGGAGGCCAGUAUCGACGCUCCCCGUUACUCGGCCCACGCCAAUGCCCUCCAGUCGUUCAUUGAGAAGGUCAUUGCUUUCCAAGCCGCAACUGGCUACAUUGACAAGGACGUUACCGCCAAGGUCCCACCCGAGGAGGCCGGGGCAAGGUCAUACGCUUUGGCCGGGCUCUACGACCGCUUCUACGAAUACGCGGACCUGCUUGCGACGCAGGGCCUCGUCGACGUCGCGGCCAAGUACAUCAAGAUGACACCCAAGGACUACCGCGGCUCGGACGGGCACCAGUUCGACAAGGCCCGCAGCCGUGUCUUUACCGCUGCUGGCAUCUCUGACAGCGCCGCGGUAUCGACCUCCACUGCCUUUGGCCGGCAGCCCGCCACCGCCGGGCCGAGCUCUGGCUCGCGACACAAGCCCUCGGCGUCAAUCAGCAGCCGCUACCCCUCUGCCCCGGGCUUCCAGCCCAAUGCUUACGCCUCCUCUUCGCCGUACGCUGCCCAAUCGUCCCCGUACACCCAGCCCAGCGGACCGUACGGCGCCUCAGCUCCUGCCCGUGGUCCCUCGCCUUCUGUCCCGACCGGCCCCUAUGCCCCGCCCCCGACUUCUGGCCCCUACGCUCCACCUCCCUCCUCGCAGCCUGCCGGCCCGUACGGUCCAGCUACGACGUCUGCGCCCUCAAACCCCUACGCCCCGCCGCCGGGAGUCGGUGGCUCGAGCCAGUUCAACGCUCAGCCUUCCGCCUACGGAGCUGGUCCAAACAGCUUCCAACCGGCCUCGAACAUGGGCUCUAACGGGUACGACCAGUCGCAGGUGUACAACCCUUACGGCGGAUCGAACUACAACGCGCCCGCGCCUUCUGCACCUCCACUGGGCCCCCCUCCUCGCGCCACCGAGCACAAGGAGCCCAUCGUUCCUGCUUCUCAGCGUCGCGACAUUCCAGGGUGGAACGACGCGCCCUCGCUUGCCGCGCCCAAGCGUGAUCGGGGCUCGGCGUCUUCGACCCCCAAGCCGCAGCCCAUUACCUCGCCCUUCCCGAUGUCGGAGCAGGCGCCAUCAGGCCCCUUCCCACCCACGAGCUCGACCCCGCCGCCGCGUGCGCCCCCAGGCGGGCCGCCUGGCGUUCUUCCUCCUCCGCCAAAGGGCGGCCCCCGGCCCCCGUCGGCUGCGAAGAGCCCCGCCCAGGCGCCGUACGGCCUGCCUCCUCAGCAGCAGUUCGGUGCACCAAUGUCGCCACCCCAGCAGCAGCAGUUUGGUGCGCCCAUGUCGCCGCCCCAGCAGCACGCGCCCUCGUACGCUCCUCCGCCCAAGGCCGGUCCGCCUCCACCUCGCAGUGCGCCCCGUGCUGGUCCUCCCCCUGUUGUCCUCGCAGGCCCCCCUCCACGGGCACUCUCGCCCUUGGGGCCCGGUAACCGUGCCGCGGAGCAGCGGCCACAGCCGCUCGGCACGUUCUCCCCGCCUCCCAUGGCAGGUCCGCCUCCAUCCGGCGUGCGUGCCGGUCCUCCUCCGCCAGGACGUGCAGGCCCGCGUCCACCAUCGCACACGCCCACACCCCCCAACCCUCCCUCCCCCGUGAAGGCGUCGCACCCCCCCGGUGACCGCUCGCACAUGGGCGACAAGGAAAAGCAGGUGUUCGAGGCGCUGUCUGCCGAGUUUGCGCGCAUCAAGCAGGUCAACCCCAACGCAUCUGGCACCGUCAAGAAGGUGAUCGAGGACACGGAACGCCGCCUCAACAUCCUGUACGACGAGCUGAACAAUGACCGCAUCCCCGACCACACGGUGGACCGGAUCAGCCAAAUCACGCAGGCGAUCAAGGGCGGUGACGCGGGCAGCGCCAUGCACAUGCACACCGACUUGUUGACGAGCGCGACCACCGAAGUCGCGCAUUGGGCGCCCGGCAUCAAGCAGCUUAUCCGCCUCGGCCUCACGGCAAAGGUAUGAAACGAAUGAAUGCACGUGGUAAUGUUGGCGGGGAUUUCUGUGGUGAUCG